AUGGCGCUAGGCUGGCAGGACAUUCAGCGGCUUAGACUUGAUGAACUGAAUGAGUUCAUGGCCCGACUUUCCAGUGAUGUCUACUUGAAAAUGUGCCUGGUGCCCGACUUCCUGCCUCCCAUCGAGGCCGCCGACUUCAGUGAGCGCCUGGGGCGGCAGCUCGUGUGCCUGGAGCGCGUCACCUGCUCAGACCUGGGCAUCAGCGGCACGGUGCGCGUGCGCAACGUGGCCUUCGAGAAGCAGGUGGCUGUGCGCUACACCUUCUCGGGCUGGCGCAGCGCCCACGAGGCCGUGGCGAAGUGGCGGGGACCGGCAGGCUCCGAGGGCACCGAGGACGUCUUCGCCUUUGGCUUCCCGGUGCCGCCCUUCCUACUGGCGCUUGGCUCCUGCGUGCACUUCGCGCUGCGCUACCGGGUGGCCGGCGCCGAGUACUGGGACAACAACGAGGGCCGCGACUACAGCCUCACGUGCCGCGCCCACGCACUGCACAUGCCCCGCGGGGAGUGCGAAGAGAGCUGGAUCCACUUCAUCUGAGCCGCGGGGCCAGGGCCCUCUGCACCCAGGCCUCGCCUGUCGUCACCGCCCAGCUGGGCUCUCCCAGAAGACGUGGUUGCUCUUUCCUGCGCUCCACCCCCAAAACUAAGUCGUCUGACCUCACGUCCCGCUGCAAGAACCACUUGCAGUGGCCAUCCUGUCAUCUACUUGAAAGUCUGUGCCACUUGGUGUAAAAAGUAACCUUAUGUGUCCAGAAAGCCGUCCGUGUGUGUAAUGUGCUGGAUGGGGGUGGCGGGGAGGGUGCUGGGUGGGUAGAUGUAUGUGAGGGUUGGGUCCUCUGGACAGGACCCAGCAGGGUUGUGUUUUGUUUUGGUUUUUGUUGUUGUUGGAAAGGCCUGCAUCUUCCUGCUAGGAAGGCCUGUGGCUUUUGCAUGUGCCCUGAUUGGGCCUCUGUAAACGUCGGUGUUAGUUAUAAUAUUAUUAUUGUGAUGCUGGGACCUUUACCCUCAGUGAAUGCCUUCUCAGGAACAUUCUCAUUUUAAUAUGCUAAAAAAAAAAAUCAUCCUUGUGUAUUUGUGCCCAAUGUAAACAAUGUAAUGGGGUGACCCCCAUCAUGAUCCCUUGAGGCAUUCCGGCCCUGGGACAAGGAAAACCUGAGAGCACCUUUGCUUGCCAAUGUAUGUGGACUUCUCACAGUGGGAAACUAUUAAUAGGCAAGAAAUUUAUGCCUCCUCAGUCAUCACACAAUCAUUCCUAGGAGUUCAGCUGCUCUGGUUCGGCUGUGUGUCUCCAUCACAGCUGAGAAAGAGGAAAAGCUUAAAACUUUUAAACUAGCAAAACAGCGCCUUCUGGGAGUUUCUCGUCUCACUCCAUGUAUUUCUUUUGUACAUGUUUGGUAGUUAAUUUGGUACGCAUCUGCAUGUUAUCAGGACAUUCUGUUUAGGUUUGAACCGACCUAAACAUUUUAAGAAAUUCUGCCUUAUGUUAUUUCAAUUUUCAGGCAACUCUAUAGAAUUUCAGGCAACAAUGCCCUUACAAUUGCCUUUUUGAUGAUUAAGAUGGCUCUUUUUAUGUCUUCUUAAGCAUCAGAAGAUUCCAGCAGUCAGGUUACCAAGUGGAACUAGAAGGUAUUUUCAGCAAUAGCCAGAGCACCGGAGGAAAAUAAUUCAGAGAUAUUUAUACUUUUUAAUUGUCUUCAAUUGUAUUUAUAGAUGCCUGGAUUUAUCAGCUAUCUGCCAACUUUAUUCUUUGUGCCUUCAGAUAGGAGUGUUUCUAACAUUGACUGGACUUGCUUUCCAGUUUUAAAGUGCUAAAUGCUUUUCAUUUAAACUCCAACCAAGAAUUCAAGGCCGUUGUCCCCUGCAGAGUUCCACAAUGACUGAAAACUUGCAGUGAGGGGCUGGUGAUUUCUUUUGGUGCUGAGUGGUAGUCUCCCAGACAGCCGGUGCUAGCAGUGAGGUGUGACAAUCCAGCCAACAUGGACAAGGCCUUCAGCUCGUGAAGUUGAAUUAUGAUUCAUUUGAAACCAGUGUGGUUAAUUUUGUGACAGCUGUCACCAGUGAAUUAACUCUAAGUUUUUGAAUGCUUGUUGACAUUUGUCACAUCAAUACAUAAAGGGUGAGUUUUGUAUUUUAACCAAUUUGUUCUUCACAGUGACAACUUUUGUGUUUUCAAAAUUCCAAGAAGAGGGAGGCUUUCUGAUCUAGAGGGAGUACCUUCUAAUUGAGGAACACUGAAUGUUGAUUUAAAAUGUUGGGAUUAAAUUGAAUAGCCUUUGCCAUUAGCGCUGUGCACUACAUUGACAUGCAAGAAAGAGAGAAGCCUGCUUGCAUUUCCUGUUGUUUAACAAACUGUCCAAUUAGGUCAGCAAGCCUGUGAGGGCCUUGGCUGCUAUGCCUUUGGCCCUAGCCCAGAAUGCAAGACAAUUGUCCAGAGUACUCACAUAUAAGACUUAGAGCUGCCAAAUGUAUUGUAGAAAGGCAUGUAGAGAAUCUUAUAACCAUGUGAAAGUUAUUUGCCAAAAAGGUUCUGGUCAUAGAAUAUAAAGCAAAUGUUAUAUCUUCGAUAUGAGAACCUCAGCGUGCCUUUUUAGAAGUACCAACAUUUUAACAUUUAAAAGCUUAGAUAUACUGGCCUGGUUGUUCAAGUUCAGCUCAGGAAAACUUUCAGGCCCUAAAACACAGUUGUAUUGCUUAGAUGUUAAAAUUUUGCAUUGGAUUGUGCACCUUGUUGGAUUGUCUCCCCAAACCUAUUUUAAUGCCUGUCAUUUAAGAGGAUUUCACCCAAGCCUAAAUAUUAAAGUAUAUGUGCACAAAC